UCUUCAAUAAGUUGUUCGGCUAAUGUGAUCGCAGAAACACACACUUUAGAAUAGGGAGAAAAUUUCAUAUAGAUUCUAGACAUGAAGUACUUUGCACAAAUAUUAACACUGUUUUUUUAUGUGAUGGGCGUUCAAGCCGAUUGCCAAAUAACCAAGAACAUGGUGGAGAAUACGAAACGCAUAUUCACUUAUCGUAAUGCCAGAGGAGCUGUUGCGCUCCUGCGCACAGAGCGAGUGCCGCAUGGAAUGAAGCUUUAUAUGGUCUGCACAGAGAGGGAUGUGGUGGAGACCCAAUGCCAGGAUAAUGGACGGUUCACGGAGCCAUUACCCAUGAGCUGCGACGAGCCAAUGAAGCCUAGCGUAAUGCAGGGACGCGAUUCUCACUGCACCAAAACACUGUACAUAGUGGGCUAUAUGAUGCAGGGACAACAGCUGGAGCUCUUUCGCACCUGCUAUGAUAGGCCCAAUGGACGUGCUCUGUACUCCCAGAGUGAUGUCCACUACAAGAGCUACAUUCCCAUGCGACAGAUGGUGGAUUUCGAAAUGGAUCAGAUAAUUACGCCCGCCCAGGCGGCUGCCUAUAAAAAGGGUAAAAUCUACGCUAAAUUCAAACGUAUCUUUGGCAAUACUCAAACGUAUGUGCCCAACCCCCUAAAUGUGGUCAUCAAUCGUGGUCAUUUAGUGGCUUCAGCGGACUUUCUUUUUGCUGAUCAAAUGGUCAGCACAUUUCGCUACAUCAAUGUGGUGCCGCAGUUCAAGAGCAUCAACGACGGCAAUUGGAAGAGAAUCGAGAAUUGGGUGCGAAGUCGCGUGAACGCCCAGAAACCAUAUCGUAUUCGUACGGGCGCCAUCGAUGACCUCAGUCUGCGGGACCAAAAUGGCAAUUUAAAACGCGUAUCCUUAUACGACUCCACGCUGAACGUGCCCAAGUGGAUCUAUAAGUCGGUGUUUGACACACAGGGUAAUGGCAUCUAUGUGUUUCUCUCCUAUAACAAUAUUUUUGAGAGUCGCCGUCCGCCACCGCCAUCCACCUGUCAGCCUGUCGAAUGUCCUUUAAUUUUGGAAAACAAUCCAAAUGACGGUUUCAUUUUUUGUUGCAAUCCAACGAAUUUCAGAUACUGAAGUGAGUUGAUUUUGCCCUUUUUAAAUGUUAAUUUAAUUACCAAAAUAUGCUUCAUUUUUAAACA